CCAUCUCUAAUGCUAUAGAGAUAUAAUGGAUAAACGACGUAUAACAGAGAACGGAGAUGACCACGAGCAGGAACCUCAGCCAAAGAAGGCGAGGAGGAAGAAAGUCAGCAGCGCUUGUUUGUAUUGUAGGAGGAGCCACAUGACUUGCGACGAAGGCAGACCAUGUCAGCGCUGCAUAAAACGUAAUAUCGCUCACCUCUGCCACGAUCCGCCUAACAAGAACGGGCAGCAGAAACCAGAAGGCGCACCACCAGAAGCUGCUCCAAAUGAUACCAAACCAGACCCUAGUUUAGUACCACAACAUCUGGACAUCGAACCUCCGCAAUUUGACCCCCUCAGUUUAGGUUUAGAUACUGAGUUUGGUGGGGCCAGUCUCUACGAUUUUAUGAAUAUGAUUGGAUUGCCUGGAAAUUCACCAGAGUUCGAUUUGAAUUCACUUUCGAAUGUCGGUGCAUCGACUAGUUCGCAGGGUUUCUCACAACAGCCACUCGUAUCCCGUGCACAGACUCCUUCAUUUAUUGUCAAACCAGAGGAUCAGUAUUACUUUACAGCUGCUAAUCCCCCGCCUCAAGGCACGAAAGAGGAGCGUCUAAAAGCUGUCAUAAAUGCCAAAUUCGAAGCUGGGAUGCUCAAACCAUUCAAUUAUGUCAAUGGAUACGCAAAGCUUGGUAAAUACGUAGAUGCGAAGGUUAGUCCGCGGAAUAGACUCAAAAUCCAAUCGGAAUUGUCGAGAAUAAGGUCCCAAUUCGGACAGAUAGCUUCAACUCUCACAGAAUGGGAUCUUACAGCGGCUGAGGAGAGCUUCGCAAGGUUGCUGCUUGACUACGAUAGAGUCUUUUCUAUUAUAGCCCUCCCUAGCUGCUGUUGGAGAAGAACUGGCGAGAUCUACAAAGCGAAUAAAGGCUUCGCAGAGAUUGUCGGAUGUGAUCUUGAUACACUCAAAACUGGAAACGUUAGUAUACACGAGUUGCUAGAUGAGGAAAGUCUCACUAACUAUUGGAAUAAAUACGGCCAACUUGCUUUCAAUCCUGAGAGCAAAGGUGUCUUAACGGCUGGAUCUCUUGUCAAUAUGCAAAAUGGCAGCAAUAUUGCCUGUAAUUUCAGCUUCAACAUCAGACGUGAUCAUUAUGGUAUACCACUGAUGAUUGUCGCCAACUUUAUGCGUCUAACUUAAAAAAUUAUGGUUCAGAAAGACCAUCAACAUCUGUAGAUGAACUACAACCAUUUGUCCUCAUUAGCAUUGCAAUAGCUUUAUAAUUUUGUAUUGAUUAAAUGAAUUUGCUAUUUUACUAGCUGUUUAAAAUCUGAUAAUUUU